AUUUUAGUUGUAUUAGUGAUUCUGCCACCAUGGAAGCAUUAAGAUUCACAGGUCAAACUAAAGUGCUGGAAUACGUUCAGAUUCCAGUACCAAAAAUCAGCAAACCCGAUCAAGUCCUGAUCAAAGUCGCUUAUGCUGGAUUGUGCGGUACUGAUUUGCAUAUCAUCGAAGGAUCUUUUCCAUGCAAUCCAGGCACUAUAACCCUAGGACACGAAUUUACCGGAACCAUUGUGGAUAUUGGAUCUGCUGUGAUCAACGUAAAAAAGGGCGAUAGAGUGGUGGUGGAUCCUAACGAUGGAUGUAAAUGUUGUGAUCAUUGCCACAAUGGUAAUUAUCACUACUGCAAUAUCGGAGGUAUUGAUAACACCAUUGGCAUUCAUCAAAAUGGAGGGUUUGCUACUUAUGCCUUAGUGCCGACGACUGCUGUCACGAAGGUGCCAGAGUCUAUUCCGCCAGAGCAAGCUGCAUUGGCAGAACCGAUAUCCUGCCUCUCGCACGGAUGGGACAUGCUCGGUCCAGUUCCCGUAGGAUCCAGGAUUUUAAUUAUCGGAGCAGGAAUAAUCGGAAACCUUUGGGCAUGCCUUCUGCACCUUUCGGGACAUAGAAAAGUAACCGUAUCCGAGCCAAACAUAAAUAGAUUAAACUAUUUGAAGAAGUUAGACGUUGGUUUUGAUUUGGUUACGCCUGACCAACUGCAGAAAAAACGUGAUGCCGAUCCUAACGGUUAUGGUUUCGAAGUUGUUGUGGAUUGUAGCGGGUUUUGUCCUGCUGUUGAACAAGGUUUAAGCAUGCUUACUAAGGGAGGCAAGCUUUGUUGCUUUGGUAUUGCUCCGCCAGAUAAGACAAUCAGUGUAUCAACAUUUGAUUUGUACGUGCGGGAAAUUACCAUAUUUGCAGUAAAUAUUAACCCAUUUAGUAUGGUGAAAUCUAUAGGGUUCAUCGAGGCUAUGGGAAAAAGGUAUUUGGAGUAUGGAAGACUGGGAAUACAAGUUUUUGACUUGAAAGACUACAAGACGGCUCUGGAGGCUCUUAAAGCCGGUACUAUUGCCAAAGCUAUGUUUAGGUUAGAGCAAUAAGUGAAUAAAUAAUUUUUUGUCUCUGA